CUCGUCCUGGGUUGUAUGAUUUUUCCUGAUGGCUGGGAUUCAGAUGAGGUAAAACGGAUGUGUGGUGAAAAGACAGACAAGUACACGCUGGGGGCUUGUUCAGUCCGCUGGGCUUAUAUCCUGGCUAUUAUUGGAAUCUUGGAUGCCCUGAUCCUCUCAUUUCUGGCAUUUGUGCUUGGCAACAGACAAGACAGCUUGCUAGCAGAGGAGCUCAAGUUGGAAAACAAAGCACACUGGAUACCAGCUGGAUCUCAAACCAAGAGGAACCCCAGCAUGGAACUCUUUCUGAACAAACUGCUAGUUAAAUGCAGUUUUCAAGAAACAAAGCUUUAUAACGGAUGGAUGUUGAAUGAGAUCCCUGUCUUUUUUGAACUUGGGAGCCCAGAUAUGGACACAAUAGUCUAAAUAUGACCUCACCAGAGAAGAGCAGAGGGGGAGGAUCACCUUCUUCAACCUGCUAGCCUUUUCUUUUGCAGGCUUGCCUGCCCAUUCAGAGGAAAGCAUUUCUACGGGGUCCCCUGGGCUGUGUCCGCUUGUGUGACACAGAAAACCCUGUGUCCCUGCUGACACUCUGCUCCAGAAAGAUCUUGCCUCGCUGUCUGCAAAGAAAUAUCAUUGGAUUCAGGAAAGGGAGAAGCAAUCCAGUGGUGGCAUAACUACCAUUGCCUGUGCUCAAAACAAAGACAGCAUAUUACUAUGAUUUUCCUCAAAUCCACUCCAAAGGCAGAAGAGAGGAGGCUGGAAGCAUCCCUCACCUUGAAGCCAGAACAAAGGACUGGGGAGAAGAGAGACUAUUUUUUAUUUCAUAUGACUUUGGACAUAGCACAUACCUGUGUUGUGCCCGUUUCCCCAUCUGUCCUGCAUAGGCUUUGGCACACUCUGCUUGCCUCUAAUGUCUUCUGCAAGGAUUUUUCAAUUAAUGCUUUGAGACAGUUGGAGUUCCUCAUGAGGAAGAUAUGAUAAAAGUGCAUAUUACCAUAAAAAACAAUUUGUUAAAAAUAACUCUCAUGAAAAGUCUGUCAAAUUGAGAAAGUUGAAAGGAAGUGCUGUAUUAGUCAAGGUGCCAGACUCUGUUCUUUAGUCUGCUUCAUACUUUUGAUUUUUCACUUAUGCAAGCAGCUACCCCCCAAUCUGUGCUGUACUGGGGAAAAAAAAAGCUCUGCAUCUCAUUGAUCAGCAGCAUCAGCAGGACUGUGCGUGUUGUGAAACUUCAGCUGCUGUCGCAAUGCUUCUGGCUGAGCUGCUUGAGAACUGCAGCAAGAAGUGUUCACCAAGAUGUAUACAAGUAAAAUUUGUGCAGUCACUCUGAUAGCUCAGUCUUUGUUUGUUACAAACAUUCAUGUCAGCUAUCAGCUCACUCACAGCAUACUUCAAGAAAGUCCAGCCAAAAAAAAAAGAAAAGAAAAGAAAAAAAAGGUUGCAAGAAUCUGUUUGUGCAGAGGUUUUAUCUGUGUGGUUUCACCUUAUUAGAUGCAAAGUUUUGUAUUUUUCUCUUUUCUCUGGAAGUUUCCGAUGUUUGAUGUAGAAGGAAAAAAAACCUUUAUGCCACAUGAAGUUAGGAGGCAUCUUCUCAAAACAAAUAGGAAUAGCAAGCAAAUUACGGAGCAGAUCAGAAUAGCAGAAGCAGCAGCAGGGAUCUAAAUUCACUGAAUAACACAUUCACUCAGAGGUUUCCCCACUGUCUCAGUUCUGCUUCAGCAUAUAGGUCAUGCUGUGAUCACUGGAGUGUCAUGAUGAAGGGGAUGAUGGGCACAGUGCAAGUGUACUCCCGACAAGGCACUGCCCCAUCCAUCAGGAGUUGCCUCCAUCCCCUGGUCAUUAUCACCUGCCAUUGUUGGACAGAUGUGUCUGUCAGUAAUGGAGUUCCAUCCAAGUGUAUUCACCUUUGAAUUUUUUGGAUUUCAUUGCAGGAUGACUUCAUGGCUAGCAUUUUAGGAAAACUCAAAAAUUCAGGUUUUCAGAGACUGUUAUAAUAUGUAUAAGUCCACCUAUAUUUUCUUUAGUGAUAAGAAAAUAUGAAUAGUUUGAAAGCAAUCGUUUUCAAUUCAAGGAAGUAUGGCUUUUAAUCUAAACCAAAAUUAUUUCUGUUUUGAUGAGAGGAGAAGCUGCUUUUUCCUAACACAGCAGCAAUGCAGAAGUAAAAUCUUACUCUGGUAAGAGAACUAAACAAGGAUAAUAGACCAUAAGUCUAUUUAUCUUCUGUAUACACACUUUUAGUCUCUGUUAAAAUAUAUAGUCUCCAUUAGUAAUGAAUUUGUUGUGGCACAGUAAGGUACUUUAGAUGCUAUCCUGGAUGGUCUUAUUAAUGAUGAACAUUGUAUUGGAGCUGUUCUAACAGCUCAUUAGUACCAAAUGAAGGUAAUUCUGUUGUUCGCCUCACCUCUGUCCCUUGAUUCAAGCCCAGUCUUCAUGGUUUGAAGCUGUGGUACUACACAUUCAAGCUCACAGACCAGAAUAAAUGAAUAUGUACUGGUUAUGUUAGCUCACAGAGAGCUCCACGAUCUCCAGCAACACCCAGAUUGAGAUGACAACACGUGGUCUACAUAUUUGGAGAGGAGAGGAGGAAGGGAGAGCAAAGUCUCCUCUUGGUAGCAAUAAGCUCUUAGAUCAUCACAGCUGCAUGUUGACUGGGAGCAUAAUAUAAUUUAAGUGUGUGAGACACUUUGGCACAUCCUGAAGUGAACGCUGCCUGAUCAGCAGCCACUUAAAUCUGAGCCAACAUGUGUCCUGUCAGCCCAAACAGCCAACUCUACCCUGGGGUACAGCAGCCCAGCACUGCCAGAAGGUGAGGGGAGGCCUUGUCCUGCUCUGCUCUGUGCUGUGCAGCCUCACCUCCUGCACUGGGUGCAGUGUGGGUGCCACAGCAUCAGAAGGGCAUGAAGCUAUUAGACAGCGUCCAAAGGAGGGAUGUGAAGGUGGGGAAGGCUCUGAGGGCAAGGUGUGAGGAGCGGCUGAGCUCCCUGUGUUUGCUCAGCCCAGAGCAGAGGAGCCGAGGGGAGGCC